AUGAUUCCCGCCAUUUCCGUCUUAACUAACACACCAAUCCCAACUAACUUAACUCUCAUUUCAGGCCCUAAAACCCAAAAAACACCCCCCAAAAACCCUCAAGCUCUCAAUCAAACGCUUAAAUCUCUCACGAAAUCCGGCAAACUCGACGAGGCAAUUCGCUUGAUCGAAUCUUCACCGUCCAAAUUUACUGAUCCCGAGACAUACGGUCUGCUCUUACAUUCUUGUAUUUCCCAAAAAUCAUUACAGCAUGGACAAAGAGUAUAUAAACAGCUCCUUGCAAUUGACCAAGAGGACAAUAAAAAACUUAUUCAAAAUCCUAACUUGAAGAGGAAGCUAAUCACCCUUUUCUCUGUCUGUGGCGAACUUGAUGAGGCACGCCGAAUUUUUGAAAAUGGGCUUGAAAAUGAAGGGUUGCCCGAGUCAAUUUGGGUGGCAAUGGGAAUUGGGUAUUCAAAAAAUGGGUUAUUCAGAGAUGCUCUGCUUGUUUAUAUUGAGAUGCUGUGGAAUUGUGUGGAGCCGGGUAAUUUUGCGUUUUCCGUGGCGUUAAAAGCGUGUGCGGAUUUGAGGGAAUUGUGGGUUGGUAGAGGAGUUCAUGGACAAGUGAUUAAGGCUAUUGAAGAGCCUGAUCAAGUGGUGAAUAAUGCUGUGCUGAGGUUGUAUACACAGUGCGAGUGUUUUGAUGAAGUUUUGAAGGUGUUUGAUCAAAUGCCUGAAAGAAAUGUUGUUUCUUGGAAUUCUAUGAUUUCUGGUUUGGUUAAAGAAGAUAAAUUGGGAAAAUCACUUGAUGUGUUUAGAAGGAUGCAAAGAGAGGGAAUGGGGUUUAGUUGGGUCACACUCACUACGAUUUUGCCGAUUUGUGCACGAGUGACAGCUCUCCAUAGUGGGAAAGAGAUACAUGCGCAAAUUGUUAAGUCAGUGAGAAGACCAGAUGUCCUAGUGCUAAAUUCCCUUGUGGAUAUGUAUGUGAAAUGUGGAGUUUUUAAUUCCGGCAGAAGACUGUUUGAUGGAAUGAGAAGUAAAGACUUGACAACUUGGAAUACUAUGUUGACUGGAUAUGCAAUCAAUGGAUGUAUGGGGGAGGCGAUGGAUUUGUUUAAUGAAAUGCUUUCAUGUGGUGUAAGGCCGGAUGAAGUCACAUUCAUUGCGUUGCUAUCAGGCUGUAGCCAUGCUGGGCUAACAGAAGGUGGGCAGAAAUUGUUUCAUAGAAUGGAAAUGGAUUUUGAGGUCUCUCCAAGUUUAGAGCAUUAUGCUUGUUUGGUGGAUAUGCUAGGCAGAGCUGGAAGAAUUCACGAUGCACUGUUGGUAGUGAAAACCAUGCCCAUGAAGGCGAGUGGUAGCAUAUGGGGAUCCUUGCUCAACUCUUGCCGCCUACAUAAUGAGGUCCCUCUUGCAGAAGCUAUUGCAAAGCGGUUGUUUGAGCUUGAGCCAAAUAAUCCUGGGAACUAUGUGAUGCUCUCAAACAUUUAUGCAAAUGUAGGGAUGUGGGGCUCUGUAAAUAUGGUUAGAGAGAUGAUGCAAACAAGAAGAAUCAUGAAAGAGGCUGGAUGUAGUUGGAUACAGGUAAAGAAUAAAAUGCACACUUUUGUGGCUGGUGGAGGCUUUGAGUUUCGUAAUUCUGAUGAAUAUAAGAAGAUUUGGAACAAAUUGACGGAAGCUAUGGAAAAAGUUGGUUAUGUCCCCAACACAGAUGUGGUGCUUCAUGAUGUAAAUGAAGAAAUAAAGGCAACAUGGGUAUGUGGGCACAGUGAGCGCUUAGCAACUGUUUUUGCUCUUAUACACACUGCUGCUGGAAUGCCAAUCAGGAUUACAAAGAACCUUCGUGUUUGUGUAGAUUGUCACUCUUGGAUCAAGAUAGUUUCAAGAGUGACAGGGAGGGUCAUUGUUUUGAGGGAUACAAACCGCUUCCACCAUUUCAAAGAAGGUGCGUGCUCUUGUAAUGAUUACUGGUGA